UCUUUUGAUCUCCGUGUUCACACAUAAGCUCCUAUAUAUUACAACCCAUCCCUCUCAGCUUUUCAUAUCAACGACAACAACAACAUCAUCAAAUCAAAUCAAAUUCACAUACAGUACACCAUGUCUUCCUUACAAAUUUCAUCCUUGCUUUCUAACACCUUAUGUUCAUCAUCAUCAUCAUCAAUAAAACCCUCAAUGCACGUCCCUAAACUCCCUAUUCCUCUUUCCAUAGAGCCAAAACCAAGUAGAAAGCUGUUUGAGGAACUAAAUGGCUUCUCACACACAAUACCAACGCUCCAAGACACUUCAUUAAACAACAACAACAAAACCACUACAACCUCAAAAACCACCAUUCAACUCUAUGCAAUUCUAGAAGCCGUGGCCGACAGAGUGGAGAUGCACCACAACAUAGGGGAGCAGCGUGACAACUGGAACACCCUUCUCUUAAACUCCAUCAACAUGCUCACUCUCACCGCCACCGCCAUGGCCGGCGUCGCCGCCACAAUGGGCGCCGGUGGCGCGCCGCUCUUGGCGCUGAAACUAUCGUCCACUCUCUUGUUCUCCGCCUCCACGGGGAUGUUGGUGUUGAUGAACAAAAUCCAGCCCUCACAACUGGCGGAGGAACAACGAAACGCCAAGAGGUUGUUCAAGCAGCUCCAGUCCCACAUCGAAACCACACUAGCCAUCGGCACUCCCACGGAGGAAGAUAUAAAGGAUGCAAUGAACAAGGUCUUAGCACUCGACAAAGCAUACCCACUUCCUCUGUUGGGAGCCAUGCUUGAAAAAUUUCCCAAAAGAUUUGAGCCUGCGGUUUGGUGGCCUCUGUCGCCAAAAAGAAAUAACAAAUCGAAAAUUUUUAAUGAGACCAAACAAGGGAAGAAGAAUGGGUGGAACGAGGGACUUGAAAUGGAGUUAAGGGAUGUGUUGGAAGUGGUGAAGGAAAAGGACAUGAAAGACUAUGAGAGAUUGGGGAACUUGGUGUUAAAGAUCAAUAAGAGUUUGGCCAUUGCGGGGCCUUUGCUCACUGGCAUUGCGGCUGUGGGAUCAGCGUGUCUGAGCCAAGGGCAUGGGUCAUCGUGGGCACCUAUAGUGGCCGUUUUGGGAGGGGCAUUGGCCACCGCUGUUAAUAGUUUUGAGCAUGGUGGCCAAGUGGGGAUGGUGUCUGAAAUGUAUAGAAACUGUGGCGGAUUCUUCCAAUUGUUGGAGAAUUCCAUUCAAAAGACUGUGGAGGAAGAUGAGGAACAGAGGGAAAAUGGGGAGUUGUUUGAGAUGAAGUUGGCUUUGAAAUUGGGAAGAAGUUUGUCGCAACUGAGAGAUCUUGCCACAAAAUCGGCUUAUUCUCGACUAGAGGGAAGUGCCACCGAUGAAUUUGCUAGCAAGCUCUUCUAAUUUUAUGUUUUUUUUUUUUUUUUAAAUUUAGCUAACAAUUAAUUAAUUCUUUCUUUCAAUUUUGGUUAGUUAUUCUUUGAUUCAAUUGGAGUAAUCGAUUCUUUGAUCUUCAUUUCUUGUUAUUUUUGUUGUGUGCGCGUGGGAAGAAAUUAAUUUGCUUUGCCUUUGA